AGCAUCAUGACAGCCCAGAGAGCCACGUUUGAAAUGAGUACCGGUGAGGAAUGAUCAACGGACGGUUCUGACCUGCGUGUGGGCAAUCUGUCUUGACUAACAGCACAAGCUAAUAUAUGAACUACAAUUUGUAAUACAUUAAUAAUCAAACGAGUUAAACUACUCAAAUUUUGAAGAUAACAUGGCUCGAGGGGAGGGUGGUGAGCAGUAUUCAGCCACAAGUUUAUUACCGGCGAAACCAGGGCAAGAUGAAUUCAAAGAUCAAAAGAGGGAGCAGAGAAGGGACCAUUUGUCAAUCUGCAACAAGAUCUGCUAUGCCAUCGGGGGUGCCCCCUAUCAGAUCACGGGCAGCGCCCUCGGCUUCUUCCUGCAGAUCUACCUGUUGGACGUGGCACAGCUGGACCCAUUUUGGGCCUCCAUCAUUCUGUUUGUGGGCCGGGCAUGGGACGCUGUUACAGACCCAGUUGUCGGCUUCCUGGUGAGCCGGAGCGAAUGGACUCGGUUCGGACGAAUGAUGCCCUGGAUCCUCAUCUCCACUCCGUUUGCGGUGAUGACUUACUUCAUGAUCUGGUUUGUUCCGCCGGUGGAGGAGGGGAAGGUGAUCUGGUACCUGGUGUUCUACUGCCUCUUCCAGUCCCUUCAGACGUGUUUCCAUGUGCCAUACUCGGCACUCACCAUGUUCAUCAGCUCAGACCAGAAAGAGCGAGACUCCGCUACGGCCUACAGGAUGACGGUUGAGGUGUUGGGCACAGUGCUUGGCACUGCCAUCCAAGGCCAGAUAGUGGGUGGGGCGAUCGCCCCCUGCCUCCGAAGUGAACUGGACACCCUGUCGGACCUGAACUCCACUCAGCUGGGGUUAGAGGUCAACGUAUCGGGCAUCUCUCUGAAUGACACGAAACAAGCGUACAUGAUCGCAUCGGGAGUAAUCUGCAUCGUCUACGUGCUCUGCGCCAUCGUGCUCUUCGUGGGUGUCAAAGAACAAGAAGAGAGUGGACGUCUGAAGGCGGAUCGCCGCCUGUCAUUCUUUGAAGGGAUGCGUCUGGUGAUUAGCUUUGGUCCCUACAUCAAGCUGGUCAUGGGCUUCUUGUUCACCUCACUGGCCUUUAUGCUCUUGGAAGGAAACCUUGCCCUGUUCUGCACCUACACUCUUGGACUGCGGAAUGAUUUCCAGAAUGUUCUGCUGGCCAUUAUGCUUUCUGGCACCAUUUCCAUUCCAUUCUGGCAGUGGUUCCUCUCGCGCUUUGGGAAGAAGACUGCCGUCUACUUUGGCAUCACGUGGGCGGUGCCCUUCAUGAUAAUGGUCAUCUGCCUGGAGCCCAACAUCAUCGUGGCGUAUGUGGUUGCCGUGGCAUCUGGCAUUAGCGUUGCCGCUGCCUUCCUCCUCCCAUGGUCAAUGCUGCCAGACGUUGUGGAUGACUUUAAAGUGCAAAAUCCAGAUACUCAAGGCCAUGAAGCAAUCUUCUACUCUUUCUAUGUUUUCUUCACCAAAUUUGCCUCUGGAGUGUCAUUGGGUGUCUCCACCCUCAGCCUGGAUUUUGCCGGAUACGUGACCCGUGCAUGCACUCAGCCGGACUUGGUGAACUUCACCCUGAAGAUGCUGGUGGCUCCUGCCCCUGUGGUCCUCAUCUUCCUGGGCCUCAUCAUAUUCAAAACGUACCCCAUCGAUGAGAAGAGGAGGCAGGGAAACCGCAAAGUGUUACAAGAGCUAAGGGACUCUGACCAGGAUUCACAGACAGACUCCACAGAACUGGGAAAUAUGGUGUAGGAACAAAUGGAAUAUUACGCACUGUUUCUCUCACACACGUACGUAGUCUCAUGUCUGGAUACACGUGUGUAUGUGUGUGUAUAUACAUACACUCACACACACACACACACACAUACACACCUCAAAGGUCACCACUUUGUGACUGUUCAUCUCGGCUGUCUGAGUUUAAGGUCACCUUAACUGCUGCCAUGGCGAUGUGUUAAGGUAUUCAGAGGGAGAUAAUGGUCUUUUUUUUUCUUUUUCUUUUAAAAAAAAAAAAUCCUGCAAAUGAUGAACACACAAUCUAAUAGCACCACCCAGUGGUCAUCAGAGAGACUGCUCUACUUGUGCACAAGGCAUGAGUGUGUGAUGCCAGAUCCUGGUUGCGUGUCUACAUCUUUAUGUCAUCAACCAAAAUGUGGGUUGCUUGUCUGAUAAUGGGAGACAAUGAUUUUACCCAAAACCUCAUCAAUGCUUUCAUUGCAAGCAAAAAAAUAGGCUGUUUUUUGGUCUGAUCCAAUUCUUGUUUCCUUACUAAAUCCUAAAGACAUGGAGCUUUUUAUGCAUACUUCCUGGAAGAUUUUCCAUGAUUGCACUUUUUUACAAGUUGGCUCACCCGAUCAGCUUAUUCUCCACACUGAUAAGCUUUGAUAUGGACCUAGUCCAAUACAUCGUGCACUCUGCGAUAACAAGAAGACUUUUCAUAAACAAGCACUAAACCUACAUUGGAUAUAAAGUGGAUAAACCAGGGACAAAGAGAGCGUAUUCUCUGCGGUUUUCUAUGCUAACUGGUAAAUUUAGAUGAAAGAAUAGUUCUGUUCUGUUGUUACAGAUUUAGUGGCACAAGCUUGGAAAAUUCUUAAAAAUAAAAUCAUUAAAAACAGUUUAGUGUAAAAUACUAUUCAUACUGAAUAUCUGUGACUCAAAUAACAUUGUACUGUGAUUGUCAAUCAUUUUAAGUAGGGAUUGGCAUUUAUUUAACAUUUUGACUGUAACAUAGCCAGAACGAUCUGCUUCGGCAGCUCCUCUUUAUGUGUGACGGUCAUGGUUUGCAUUUCAAAGGUGCUAUUGUACUUUCAAUCAUUUAGAUAAGAAGACUGUGAAUUUGUUUGUAAAAGUGUGUACAGACUUAUUGUCUGUGAUCCAGUUGUUGACUAACUUCUUUUUUUUUACACUGGAGACAGUCAUGCAACUAUGCUUUGUGUACUGUAAAGUCCUGUAAAGUUUAUUGCCAGAAAGAUUUUUGUCAUGGCCAACAGAUGUUUAAAACACCUACCUGCAUAUGUUGACAUUCAUGGACCUUUUUUAAAAUUUGCACGUUCUUAGAAAAGUAUGUUUAAAGUUUUGGUGUGGUUUUAUCACUGCAGUUUUGUGUAAGUACUUUUUGUACUCAUGUUGGCAAAGCUUUAUGGUAUCCUUUUGCAGUAACUAGAACAUUGUAUUUAACUGAAUUAGGCCUAUAGCUGUCUUGUCAAAGGCAGCCACGCUGUGUACAACAAAAAGAAGUGGCCUGAUUUCUGAAAAAUGUAUAUGUGUAAAUAUUGUAAGUUGUAAAUACAUCCGGUGUCCUGUAGAAUACAUUUACUGUAAAAGAUGCUGCUAAAUCCAGGUACCAUACAGUCUGUUGGGAUUUGUAGGUACUAACUUGAAAUGAAAUGUAAAAAUUAAAAUAAAUACUAAUAUAAA